AUGAUUGAAUUUAUCGCUCACACUAUAACGAUUGCCGAGUGUGACUACAAUUUCCGCAUCAACCGCACCUGGCGGGAGAUCGACGCGAAUGCUCAGGUCUGGGGGACCUUCGCCCGCUGGCGCUACCACGACUUCCCCGAAGUGAUCAAGGAGUCGAAAAGCCCGGAAGAGCUUCCCGACUUCCAACACAUUCAUGAUCGC